ACCGUCCCAGUUCUGCUCGUAUAAAUGAGACCGAACCUCCAACAUCUUACUGGAGAAUGAGAGAAACACUAGCGAGACAUCCCACCGAAAGACACUGGACCUGUCCGUCCUUUAGUUUUUAUUUCUAUUUCCUCGUUUAUUCAGGUGUGUUAUAGUAGGAAAUAAAAGAUGGCCACGUCUGCCAGCGCCAGCUUGAGUAAAGCUGUGAAGCAGCAGUACAUGGAGCUUCCCCAGGGGGAUAAAGUCCAGGCGAUGUACAUUUGGAUAGACGGAACCGGAGAGGGACUGCGAUGCAAAACCAGGACUCUGGAUUCUGAACCCAAAAGCAUCGAAGAUCUGCCUGAGUGGAACUUCGAUGGGUCCAGUACCUACCAGUCUGAAGGAUCCAACAGUGACAUGUAUCUGAUCCCUGCCGCCAUGUUCCGUGAUCCAUUCCGUAAAGACCCCAACAAACUCGUCCUGUGUCAAGUCCUUAAAUACAACCGCAAACCUGCAGAAACCAACCUUAGAAUUACAUGUAAUAAGGUGAUGGAGAUGGUGAAAGACCAGCAUCCUUGGUUUGGAAUGGAGCAGGAGUACACUAUUCUGGGUACUGACGGGCACCCUUUUGGCUGGCCAUCUAAUGGUUUCCCUGGACCCCAAGGUCCAUACUACUGUGGAGUGGGGGCGGACAAAGCCUAUGGCAGAGAUAUUGUGGAGGCCCACUACAGAGCCUGCCUGUACGCUGGGGUGCAGAUUUGCGGCACAAAUGCAGAAGUGAUGCCCGCUCAGUGGGAGUUCCAGGUCGGUCCUUGUGAGGGCAUCAACAUGGGUGAUCAUCUCUGGGUGGCACGCUUCAUCCUGCACCGUGUCUGUGAAGAUUUCGGCGUGGUGGCCUCAUUCGACCCCAAGCCCAUCCCUGGUAACUGGAACGGUGCUGGCUGCCAUACGAACUUCAGCACAAAAGAGAUGAGAGAAGACGGUGGAUUAAAAGCCAUUGAAGAUUCCAUUGAGAAGCUCGGAAAGAGGCACAGCUAUCACAUCCGUGCCUACGACCCUAAAGGGGGGCUUGACAACGCUCGCCGUCUCACCGGCCACCACGAAACCUCAAACAUCAACGAAUUCUCCGCAGGUGUGGCCAACCGCGGCGCUAGCAUCCGCAUUCCCCGUAACGUCGGCCAGGAGAAGAAAGGCUACUUUGAGGACCGCCGUCCUUCGGCCAACUGCGACCCGUAUGGCGUGACCGAGGCCCUCAUCCGCACCUGUUUGCUCAACGAGGAGGGCGACGAACCCGCGGAUUACUAAAUCCACAACUCAUGGACUGACUCUCACUGCCCUCCUGACUUUGUUUUAUUUUAAGAUAGUACUGUAUUUUUCUCUCCCAUUGAGAUUAUUUUAACCUGCAUUUUAAUGGCAUAAAGUUGGCUGGUCAACUUAAACGUGACAUGGUAAUCAAACCCCUGGUAGUUGUGAUCUGGUAAUGGCAGGGUAUUCCUUUCCCGUCAUCUGAGAAGGGAUCGGCUUUUAUAACACUGUUUUAUAACCCAUGUCAUAUCUUUUUCCCUUUUUUGUCUGUUGGUGACUAAAAUGAACUAAAAGCACAUGGACACUGAAAAGUAGAGCUGCUAAGGCUGGACAGCAUGUGUAACAAAAUAAAUGAUUAGUUCAUGUACUGUUAAUAUAUGUUGACCUGCCUUUUGAACUAUCCAGUCUUCAAUGUUACUAAUUCAUUGAUUUUAUGAAGUGUCUAUUUUUUAAAUGGCAAUGUUUGAUGUCUUCAGAUUUUGGCACGCUGGGUCAACUUGUAUGGUACACUUUGUAGAUGUCUGUACCCAGACUUAUGUUGUUCAAAUGUGUUGGAUCUGUCCAUAAUGCCAUUUGUAGAUUUCCUCAAGGAGUUUUAUCCUUUUGUUAACUGCGAUAUUGUAAUGCACCUGAUUUGGUAAAACAUCAGUUUACUGAACGUGGUGUUUUAUAUGAUACAUUUAAAACUUUUAUUUUAUCACAA